AUGUUGUCGACAUAUUCUAGACUUAUCUUUAUAUUCUUAAAUGAAAAACAACAUCAGUCGAAUUGUAUUCGAAAAUUUUGUAAAGAAUACAACAUUGAACUUCAAGAUAAAACUUUAUCGUCACAAGUCUAUUGUUUUGAAGAAAUAGAAAAUACUGAUCCACCAUUAAAUAAAGAAACUGAACAAAAUGACGAGAAUUUAAUUAUUGACAAUAAACAAGAUAGUCCUGAAAAAAUAACAAAUGUGACUCUAAUAUUUCAAGCAGAACCAAUGUCAACUGAUCCGCAAAUCAGUCAUAAAAGAAAGGCAGAUCAGCUAGUUGAUGAACAGGCAUUAUAUAAUGAAAAUACUCCGCCAACGAAAAAACUAACUCGAUCAACUCGUCGCAAACCAUAG